GUCAUUGGGCUUCACUCGAGAGCGUGGUCAUAUAUAAAGCGUAUCGGUACGCUUUAACGCUUGAACGGUUUCUUUKCCCUGGAGAACACAAAGCAAGUUAAAAGAAACCACCCCUGUCAACCGAGUAGGACGAGUCAGAAACACGCUGCGAAGCUUAUCAAGACGAUGUUUUGCGGUGGUGAAACUUGGAUAGGAAUAUCUAUUUAAGGCCUGUAGUAUAUAUCAGUAGAGCUUGCAGGAACAACUUUCAAUAAUAGCAAAGGUAGGAGUUACUUCAUGUCGGAUAUUUUAAUCUGAAAGUGCAAAAAAGAUGAUGAAAAGUUUCGUUGUACUUUGCGCCUUGGUUCUUUGUACAAUGGCUGAGUCUGGCUUUCGUGACCUCAGGAAUGGUGUCAACGCUUUGGACGAGACAGAGUGUCAGGAUCUGUCAACAAAAGAAGAUUGUGAGGAAAUGGCAAGGAGAUAUAGGUGCGAUGAAGUGGAUUCAAAGAGGAAUUGCGCUAGAUCCUGCAGGGUGUGCUACAAACCUUGUGAAGAUCUUAAAAGGACUUGUGAAACAACAUCGGCCUUCUUUUGCAAGCGUUUCAGCAGUAUGAGAAAGGAUUGCCCUUUAAAGUGUGGUGUUUGUAAAGAAGGAGAAGAAAUGCCAACAAACAUUCCAUAAACAAGAUAAAAAGAUCCCGUUGAUGGAUUUCAUCUGUAACAUGUCAUCAAUUUCGAACAAUAAACAAAGAAAACUU